AAUUGAGUCCAAGAAAAGGAGAAACUGUACUGUUUGUUGGCGACCUCUCUUAUGCUGAUAACUACCCGAAUCAUGAUAAUGUGAGGUGGGAUACUUGGGGAAGGUUUACAGAAAGAAGUGUUGCAUAUCAACCAUGGAUUUGGACUGCAGGGAACCAUGAACUUGAUUUUGCUCCAGAAAUUGGUGAAACCGUACCUUUCAAGCCUUUCAGCCACCGUUACCAUGUUCCUUACAAAGCAUCUCAGAGCACCACCAUUCUGGUAUUCUAUCAAGAGAGCUUCAGCACACAUCAUCGUCUUGUCCUCAUAUUCAGCAUAUGGCAAAUAUACGCCGCAAUAUAUAUGGCUUGAACAGGAGCUACCGAAAGUUAACAGGACAGAGACUCCUUGGUUGGUUGUUCUCAUGCAUUCACCUUGGUACAAUAGCUACAAUUAUCACUACAUGGAAGGAGAAACAAUGAGAGUAAUGUACGAAGCCUGGUUUGUGAAGUACAAGGUUGAUGUCGUGUUUGCUGGUCAUGUUCAUGCCUACGAACGAUCUGAACGUGUUUCUAACAUUGCAUACAACGUCGUAAAUGGCAUUUGCACUCCUGUAAAAGAUCAAUCAGCUCCUGUAUAUAUCACCAUUGGUGAUGGAGGAAACCUUGAAGGAUUAGCAACCAACAUGACAGAACCACAACCAGAGUAUUCUGCAUACCGAGAAGCCAGCUUUGGACAUGCCAUAUUUUCCAUAAAGAACCGAACUCAUGCUCACUACAGCUGGAACCGAAAUCAAGAUGGUCUCGCUGUGGAGGCUGAUUCCGUUUGGUUUUUCAACCGAUACUGGCACCCAGUUGAUGAUUCCACCGUUCAUGUUUCACAUUGACGCACACUUCCACUGAUUUUAGUAUAACAAUGUAUAAUUUUAUAUCAAUAAAUUCGUCAUUCGACAGCUAAUUUGUGCCUAUACCACCAACAUUGAUUAUCAAUGUCUCUCAAUCUCUGUCACAGUUGAUAAAUACAAAUUGCGUGCUUCUUCUAUUUUUAU